GAGAUAUCAAUAUCGCGGGAAAAUUCGAGUUCUUUGGAAUCGUGCAAGGACUUUUGUGUCACAUCUGCAGGAGAGAUGACUUCUGUUCGCACGUGUUAUCGCAAACAAAGAGAGAAUGUAUCGCGCAAGAAAAAUGACGAUAUCACAGAUGGGAAUCGGCAUCUUCCAACUGCUGUAUCUAAAAGAUUGAUAAUCAAGAAUAAAGUUUGCAGAAGUAACAGAGAAUCUCCUAUAAGAGAAAGAAGCGACGAGAAAAUGUCUAAAAAUCGAUCGGUGGAAGUGCAAUCCAAUCCCGUCUUAAGUCCAGAAACGUCGACCGCACUCGAGAACGCCGAGAAGAUUAUUAACAAUGCAAAGAUACAACUCAUGGAAGUCUGCGCGAUGUCAAGUCUCGAUUCUGGGAAUCGGAAUAGAAAUACAUGUUCGAACCCACCGUUAGACGACGAGGCGGAGGAGCUGAUGUACAUUCGCGAGCUGGUGGCCUCCAAGUUUUAUGAGGCAAACACCUCGAAAUCGGAAGCAAACGACAAGACGAGCGCGCGUUUGGAGAGUCGAUCUCCGCGAGUUACCGUUCCCAGGGUCGAUUUGUCGGCGCCUAAAUUUCGGAUGUCGCGAAGAAGACGACGUGCCUAUUGCCAGACCCUGAAAUAUGGAAGCGACAAUCGGUCGCGCGAGUGUGCCUCGCCUGCCGGAGUGCCGUCGAGAGACGACUCGUCAUCGUCGAAGGACUCGAACGACGAGGACGAGAACGAGGCGACGACGCGCGAUGAUCGCGCUCGCAAUCUUCCGGAACGGACGUCAUCGGCAACUGGACGCGGGCUCGUUCGUGCGCGAGAAAACACGUGCGAAAUUCAGAUAGGGCCGUCGGUGCAUAUCGUCGACCGGGAACUAACAAGGCAGGACCUGGACGAUCUGCACAUCUCGCCAGAAUCGACCUGGUACCACGCGAAUACGGCCACUUACAUCCUACGUCACUUGGACGCCGUUGAAAGUCCCAUCACGUCCGCGGAUAACGAGUUUCGAAAAAUACCGAGAGCACCGAGGAAGACGCUACGCGUGAGAUUAGAUACGUCGCAACGCGAGAGACCGAUUAUCGCGGAAGCUGCAGCCGAAGCGACAAGUGUUUGUGUAACGCAACAGCCGAGAGAUAAAGCUCAUCUAUCGGAAUCGUCGAUAUAUAAAUCAGAUGUCACGACGUUCUCCAAUAUAGCUCCUGCGUUAUCUAGUACACGAACGGAGAUACAGACAUACGGAGAGAAGCAUAUUAUUCAGGAUAAUCAUCAUGCAGACGCGGAGCGACAUGUCAUGUCUGCAAAUAGAUUGUCGAAGUGCGAGAUCGGUUGCUCUCAGAGGAAAUAUUCCGAUAAUGUUUUCGCACAGGCUCCUCGAAAGGAUACGUCCGAGGCCGCGGAUCGGCUCAUCGCUUACAUUCUGCAGGACGAAAAGCAGAGCAUCGAGAAGAAAGUCGCGGACACCUUGAAGGAGUCGACGAUCGCGCCUGUCGCGGUGCAAAAGCUCCUGGAUAAUUUGCGCAAUGUCGAAUCAAUUCGCAACGCGCGUGAGACGGAAACUUUAGAUAUUUUCAAGAAUAUUCUGAUUAAUGUUCAAAAUCAGACUGAUCGAGAAACGAAGGAAAGCCUUCCCUUCGUGGUUUGUUCCGAGUCUAUUCAACAUUCUAAGGAUAAUAGCGAGAGAGAUACAAGUCAGACGGGAAGCGUAGAUUUUGCGAAAGUUACUGCUGAUAAAAAUCAAAUUUACGAAGGAGUCAAAGAUGUGGAGACCUUUCCUGAGAAUAUCGCCGAUCCCUCGAUUCGGACGAAUGCAAUUGAAGAAUCGAUUCUGCAAACACAAGGAAAAGAUAAUGCGAACAAUAUCGGGCAAAUUGCCAAAAAAUCUCACGACUUUAAGAAAUCUGACAAACUUUGCCCCGAUUCUUCCGCAUGUCGAGAAACGAAAAAAGACGCGGUUCGUUCCACGGCCCUUCUCGAGUUUCCUCAAAGUUCUAAAAAUAAUAGCAAGGAAAACUCAGAAGCCGAGUCAUUGAAGCAAAUCUCAGAUAUUCGUAGCGACGACGACACACUUCCUCACAAAAGUUCUGAAAAUCCGUCUACGAAAACUGUAUCCACAAAAUUCAAUGAGGGGUGUACGAUGGAAGCUAACGAUCCGGUCGCUACGAUUAUAGUGUCAGCAGAAAAUAAAGAAGAUGAUAUGAAUAACGAGAGACGUAGAGAUGAGCCGAGCGAUGUGCAGGAUAAGGAUGUCCUGCAAGAGACUAUGAAAGAAAAUACAAUCGAAGAAACGCAUGAUAAUAUCACGACGAAUCAAAACGAAUCACCUGCGAAGGUUUCGGAGUCAAAGGACGAGCGAAUUCACUUGGAUGCAAACUCUAUUGAAUCUGUUGAUGAAAUCCUGGAGAAGGAAGAUGUUAGUCUUGUACAUUCAUCGGCAAAAGAAGUGGUCAAAUCUUUAUGCGCAAUCGAGAAAGACAUAGGUUUGCAACAUUCUGUAGUUGUGGAGCAGGUCGGUCUUAUUGCGAGUUCUUGUUUGGCCGAUUCUCUGCGAGAUCACGCUUCGUUGACGUGCGUAAAAAAUAGCAAAUUAUCCAUAAAAGAAGUCACGUCGCAUAUUGAGCAAAGUAUUAUAGCUGGAGAGAAUGAUUUAGUAAAGGAUACGAAAAACGACGAAACUCAUGGCAAACCGAUGACGAUCAUAGCGGUCGACAAUCGUAAAGAUGGAAUUGAAGACUCGGAAUUUCUGAAAAAUACAAAAAGCAAUAAUGAAGAGCAACUGAAUGAUUUGCAAAAGUAUAAAAUAGAUAUCUUAUCUAGCUCUAACUCCAGCGUCAGUAGUACAUUACUAGAUUAUGAUAACAGAUCUACCAAUGAUGCGUUAAAUGCAAAUGCAAAGAGAAUCGAAACCUCGUCAGAGACGUCUCAUUCCGAGGGAGAACUGUAUAUGCCAAGUUCGUGUUCCUAUUCUCUCGGGGAAGUGAGAGUUUUAAAGAAACGUGAAUUAAUUUCGGAUAAUUCGAUAGAUCGCGACAGCAAUGCGACGAUCCUUGUUACCAGAAGUAUGCUAACGUCUUUAAACGAUUCCCCGGUGUCUUUGCUAACAAGUUCUGGAUGUAUUUAAAUACAGAAAUUCAUCGAUGCAUCGCAAUAUUUUAAUUUAUAUCAUAAUAAAGGACAAUCUAGGCUAAUGAAUAUUUUUUAAUUAUCUCGUCACGUGCCUUUUAUAAUGAUACAAAAGGAAUUGGAGCACGGCAUGUUUUUUUCAUUUUAAAUCGUAGCAGUUAAUAAUUAAUUGUAUUCAUAAUAUAAUGUAUAUGUA